AUGUCGAAGUGGAAUAAAUCCCAGGGAGUGAUUGUGCCGCUCGAAUCGCUCAUAAAAGAGCGCCGCAAAGAAAACUGCCCCGCACCACGCCGUUCCGCCGGUCUGGUAGGCCGUUGGGGCAUUACGAGCUUUACAUCGAUCCGUAGCCGAAAUUACGUCGCGGAGUACAAUAAUGUUGAUCUGAAGGACCCAACCGGGCUGGAGCUCGGUUCCGGUGAUUCACCAGAGAGCAUGGUGAAUCUGUUGGGCUCGAACGCCUCGGAGCCGGCUCGGCCAAGGAAAUUUUUCAAAAGCCGCAACACGUUGCCACCACCACCGCCACCGCAAAUGCUUUCCGCGGACCAUGCCGGCCAGCAACACUCACCGUACGCGGGUGGGAUUGGUGCGGGGAUGGUGUACGGAGGGCCACCGAGUGGAGCGGAACUGUGGAACAGAGGUGGAAGUGCCACCACCACGACUCCACCCCAGGCAGCACAAAACUUCUACCAGCCGCUAUCGGCCGGGGCCGCAACCCCGCAGUUCUCACCCACCGGACCGCAAUCCGCAAACGUGGGUCUAAUACCGGCCGGUGCCCACGACGGGAUGGCCUACGCCGUUCAGUUGCACCCGCAGCUGCCACUUGGCACGUCCAAAGAGAAGACGGGCCGGAAAAAGAAGCGCACCGCGGUUGCUGCGACUCUGGUGAUGGAUCCUUCGGUGCCUUUCGCCGGAGUGGAUGUGCCAACGGGCCGCAAAGCUACCAACAAGGCGGCGAAAAAGGAAAAGAAAGAGAAACGGACCAAGAAGACGAAAAAGGACACUCCCGUGGGUGGGACGGAGGCGCUGGAGCAACCGAAGCGCAAUUCAUCCCGCAUCCGCAACCGCGUGGUCAAUUACAACGAGGAAGAGGAUAGUAAUGACGACGAGCGGUCAGUGGCGAGGCAUGCCGCCGGUAACCAUCAUCUUCCGCCUGCGAGUACACCGGAAUACUCCGGAAUUGCGCUGCCGGUUGAUACCUCGUUCGCGGGUAUGCUCGGCCAGCAACAGCAGCAGAUGUUGCUUCAUCAGCAUCAGGAUCCGCUUGUUACGACGGCCGCUUUCCAUAGCACACAUGGUCAGGCGUCUUCGCCGGUUGCUGCCGGAUGUAGUGGCGUUGAAUCCGGUGGCGAAGGACGAUCAAAUAUGAAGCCGAGCACAACCACCGUCGUGACACCCCUGCCAUCUCCAACCAUCAGCGAACAUCGGCCUAUCUUACUGCGUAUUUCGAAGGGCACGUCUAUGCUGAUUAGUACCGACAGUGAAGAAGUGUCCACCAACAGCACACCACCAACGGCCGUACACAGUCAGCCCUUAUGCGUCCCGGAUCAAAGGCCACAGGAAGAGGACGAAGAUGAUUUCGAAUGUGACCAGUUGCCACCACGCCUGCUCCUAGCAGGAAGCGAAUCCUCCAGCGUGGACCACUCCGACACGGCCCAAAAGCUACCGUACCGGCAAUAUCUCGAACAGCUGCAGCAGCAGGACGUAGCUGAGUCCUCGCUACACACCACGCAGGUUGAACCGGCACCGUCCGUUGACGUCACGCAGCAACCACCCAAAACGGAACUGAAGAUUAAGAUCUCGCUCGUUGGCAAGCCGUUGAUAAGUAGCACGACAAGCAGCGCCCGGUCUACCACACCGAGUGGCCUCACGAAGGGCACCAAGGGCACGCGGUAUAAUUUUAAAAAGCGCGCCAUCGAACGCGAACGAGCCCGCUCACAUCUACCGUCGAAGCGCACCAAGGCGGACCUUUCGGAGGGAAACCCGGAAGGACGAGACGCGCAAUCACCGGGACAUGGUGUGUCCGCACCCGUUUCAUCGACGGUGCCAAAGCUAGCACCUAACCAGAAGCAGCAUCAGCUGUCCACAACGUCGGUAACGGACAAACCGUGCCCAUCUGUGGCCCGGCCCAGCUUUCCGCUACCCGGUACCGACACGUACGAGGUGUUCCGUACGCUCUCGUCACUCUCCGGUGGGGACGAUUUUGAUUCCCAGAGCUCAAUCCUGGGCAGUGCAUCUUCGGACAACACCCCGAAGCAUACGCUAGCGCCUGGUGAAGACUGCCAGAUCAUCCAUAGCCGCGGUUCGAGCGAUUGUGGCAGUGAUCUGGAGUUGUCCCAGAACAGCUCGACGGCGGCGGCUCCACCAUCGGACGUGUACUCGGAGAGUGAAAACACGCAGGAUAACAACCGCCGGCUGGUGAGUGAUUACUCGCAGCAACCGGUACCGAACCGCUCGUUUGCGUCCUCUACAACGCCUUCGUCGUCGUAUGCGAACGAGGCCGCUUCUAUUGCACCGGUUUCCUCCGCCCAACACGAACAAGCCGGGGGAGAGCGUGUGGAGGUGCUGAAAUUGAAUUUGAAAAAUGUCGGUACGCGCGUGACCAGAAACAAGAUGAAGCACACGGGUUCUGACGAGCAGCAGCCGACUGCUGGAAAAGCUGAUCAGUCAACAGCACCGGAAACGGAAUCACCUUCCACUCGGCAGCUGCUUUUGAGGGUGGGUCGUAACGCACGGAACCGUUCUGCGAACACCACCGCUAACAACAACAACAACGUGGUAGAAAGCACCGUGAGUGAAAAGCGACCCCGUAAGGUCCUGCAGAUGGAACAAGCGACCCCAACGCUGGAGGAAGACACGAAGAAUAGCAUAAGGCAGCAAACCGCCGAUGAUGGUGUGCCAGCUCUUCCGCAACAUAGCAAACCGGAACCAACGCUACCGGAACCGCCGGCUAUUGGACAAAAACCGAACAUUACGCGCCAGUACAGCCGCCGGAAGAAGAACGUCGUGCCGCCGGAUUAUGCCGGAAGCGAACAAACGGUAGAUUCCGGUGAGAGUAAACCUGGCGUGAGUCAGGAGACAACGCCCGAGGGAAGGAUGAAGCAUAACGGGGAUUACGGAAGUGGUGCGAGUGUGCUGGAUCAGCAGGUUACGUCCUGCAGUGGUCUAAUCGUUCCCGGCGAUGAAAGCAUAACACAAACGGUUGCAUCGACAGGGCAGGCAACGGUGGGGACAUCCGCUGGACCGCCACCACCGAUGCGGUUGGUUCUGCAGAAGAAGGGCACCAUUUUUAAGAGCCGACCGAUGGUUGGCACGUCAGAUGGGGCGACGGAUACGAAAAAGCGGCACGUUUACAAGCACAAGUGGGACAACGACAACGGUAACGGCAUGAUGGAUCAGGAAGAGCAACCGGUUGGAGCCGGUGGUGUCGGUGCAGGUGGAGACGCUGGCAUCGUGGGUAACGGAGCGAGUGGUACCGCCGGGGGUGGAGCUGGUGCUGGUAAGGUUCUUGAUGGUCUGUCGAGUGGACUGGCGGAUGGUCGUGAUGAUGGCACGGGAGAAGGUGUUGAUGGUUCCGGAACCAGUUCCGGCGGUGGUCUUGGACCGGGAGGAUCGGGUGUUAAUUUGCUUGAUUACGAUGGUGAUUUUGACGGAGAAGCUCCUUCCGUGGGCGGGAUUCCUUUACGCUCGAAACGCGUCAAAAUGAUCUCGAGUGUAGUGAGCGGCGCUAGCGGUAGUAGCGGAAUCGCUUUUGGCGCCGGUUCCGGUGCUGGCAGUGGUUCUGGAGCAAGCCAUUUCGGUAGUUUUGGUGGUGGAGUUGGCCCACUCCGAGGACACCAUCGAUCAGCCGCGGAUGGAUACGACGGGGAGGAUGGUUUUGAUGAUGAAAAUGGCAGCGACGAGUACGGACCGGCACGGAUGCGGUGUGAUCGAGCCGAAAAACCCUUCUACACGAUCGUGCGCAACGUAAAGAACUCCCACCAGAUGCAGGAGAUUGGCGAGUUCCAGGAGAUGGACGACGAUGUUGACUACAUACUGAGCGCGCUGCAUCCGGACAAUCCCUGCUCGACCCGAUGCCUUUCGGCGCUGCAGCUUGCGACCAAGUGCAUGAAGCCGGCGUUUAAAAUGCACGUACGAGCGCACGGUGUCGUGACGCGCUUCUUCCGGGCGCUUUCCGACGCACAUGAGGACGCGAGUCUAGGACUCUGCACUGCCGCUAUCAUGUACGUGUUCUCGCAGGACAAACUGAAUAUGGAUCUCGAUCGGGACUCACUUGAGCUGAUGCUGAACCUGCUCGAUACGGAUCACAAGCUGGAUGGGGCUCAGCAGCAAGGACAGCUGCAGAAGAUCCGCCAGCGUGUAAAGGAGCUGUGCGAGGAGAUCAAGAGCGCUGGUAAAGCGAAACACAUCGACACGGAUCGUGUGACGGCGGGUUCACUCGCGAUGGAAUCGUUGCUAUCGCUCACAUCACAGCGAGCUGGCGAGUGGUUUAAGGACGAACUGCGGGUACUCGGUGGAAUCGAGCAUCUCAUCAAAACGGUCAACGAGUGCUACGAGCAAGUACCUUCACGAGCCCGUGACUGGACUGAACCGGCUGUGGCAAAAUUGCGCAAGAUCGAACGCUGUCUGCGUGUCCUUAACAACGUCACGCUGUUUAACCCACAAAAUCAGUCCUUCCUGUUGGAGCACCGGGCGGGUUUGUUGGUGCAGAUACUCGUUAAGCUGUACCGGCAGGUGGAUAGCGAUCUGAUGCAUUAUCCUACUGACGACACGUCGCCCAAAGAGAGCAUCGGUGUGUUGUUGCGUGAACUGCUGCAACCGAUGCUGCACAUGCUCAUCACCCUAACGCACUCGUUCGACGAGGAAGCACAUGGAGCCCAUCUCGUUGGGAAGCAACCGGACGUGAUCAAUAUAACGAUGCAUCUGCUGUUGCGGAUCGCUGAGUACGUGCCGCAUCGUUUCGUGUUUGAUUUACACCUGCUCGCGUUGACGUUGCUGCUGCACCUAGCUCGUCCUAGCCAACUGAACCGGCAACAGGUACUACGCUACAUGGAUCCGGAAACCAAUCGCGGGGGCAUUAAGGCGCUGGUGGAGUAUUUCGAGCAGCAAGAGGAAAUGGCUAGUCACGCGGAAGCGAAAACGAACGCUAUUCUUGAGACGCCUGCCCGCACCGUUGACGCCGAGGACGCAGAAACGAAAUUAAUACAAAAAGCCGAACAUCAUAUGGAGCACACCUACAUGGGUAGCCACGUUUGCAUGCUGAUUUGCCAGCUGGUUGUGGACGAACCGGGAUACGAGCAGAUCGCCCGGAUGCACUUGAAGAACAACAACUUCAAGCGCAUGGUCGUGGCGCUUAGCCGAUACUACGAGUUUUUGAAUCUCACGACCAACGCGGACGCGGAAAGUACCACACACAAGCGACAAACGAAGGAAGCCAUCGACUACCUGAACCGGCUGGAUGGAUGUGAGGCGGGUGUUACGCGUGGUGCCAGCAGUGACGCGAUGACUGCCUCGCUCUGCCAGUAAAACAUCCGACGAAGACACGGAACAGCAGAUGGAGAGGGUUCCGUCCCGCGAACCGUUAUAGCGACGGUGGUGAGCCUUAGAUAACAUUGUUUGUUUGGAAAGCUCCUGUGCGUCAAUUUUCCAGAUCAACCGUAACCCCCGGGGGAAAAGGUGCGAAUUGUCUUCUUGUUGUAAAAUAGUUUCUUCAUUUAAUGCAUUUUACGCAAGUUGCAAGCGCCAUUUGCUUAAGUGCUUUCUUGAGUCUCUCGUCGAGGCGGCUAAUUUUUCCCAACACAACUAUUUUACUUCAACGAUCAUUUGUUUUAACAAUGCUUGAGAGACCUUUUUCAAAGUGUUCCCUUCUGGUUAUAUUGCUUCCAAUCUGUACGCCGAAAUCGGCUUUUAAGAGGCACUUGUCGCAAUAUUUGAUCCCUUUCAAUUUAUCGUUUUUUUCUUCUU